ACCCUGGAAAAAACUGUUGUUUUGGUCUCCAUUUUUGAGGUUGGAAACUCGAGUUCGCUGUAGAAAAGUGGGAAAAAGAAAAGGCUAAUUUCCGAAACAUCCCGCAGAUUUUCUCGGAGCUACUGCUAAAGAAUCAUCGAUCUCUUCAGCUAGAAGUGGGUCUCGCUUUUCAUCGGUUUGUGCAGGAUCAGUGUCUAGAUGUUCUCGAAUAUUUCUCCGCGCUGUGACACAAUAGAAUAAUCAAAUUAGCUCCUGCGAUUAGUGACAACACAGCUCAACAGGAAAAGGUUUAGCGCACACAGCAAAUCAUAACUGUGCAAGAUUGUGUUAUCGUAAACUUGCAACAACGGCCAGGGCGGGAGCCGCAGCGAGUGCAUUAUCAAAUCACCAGCAGCAGCAGCAGCAUCCGGGAGCAACGGGAGAGACGGGAGGCCAAGUGGGGCUGAUAGCUAAGUGCGUGUCUGCAGGGCCUUCAGAAGAAGUGAAACUUUGCUCGUCCGUCUCGAACGGGUCCUCUUUUCUCGUUGGUCCAGUACUAAUUUAUCACCAAACAGUGAUAAGGGCGUUCUCAAAACCGGGAAAGCGCUCGGACACGGAUUUACCAGCCCAUCAGUGAGCGUGUGUGCAAGAGGAAGAAUAAUCGCACGGUAUAAAGAGUGGUAGUCCCCGUCAUGAUGGCCGAAUCGGACAACACAGCGGAUGCGACACGACGACUGAACGUGAAAAAACAGACGCUGGACGAUGCCUACGCGAUUCCGGCCAACUUCCUCGAAAUUGACGUCGUCAAUCCGAUGACCACGAUCGCGGCCGGCAAGAAACGCUACACCGACUACGAAGUGCGGAUGCGGACGAAUCUACCGGUGUUCAAAGUUAAAGAAUCUAGCGUUCGUCGACGGUACAGUGAUUUCGAGUGGCUCAGGAAUGAAUUGGAGCGCGACAGUAAGAUUGUGGUGCCUCCAUUGCCGGGUAAAGCCUGGAAGCGCCAGAUGCCAUUCCGUGGAGAUGACGGAAUAUUCGACGAGAACUUCAUUGAGGAACGACGAAAAGGUUUAGAACAGUUCAUCAACAAAAUCGCUGGCCACCCGCUAGCGCAAAACGAACGAUGCUUGCACAUGUUCCUGCAGGAGCCGGCUAUCGACAAAAACUAUGUGCCCGGCAAGAUACGCAAUACCUAAACGACAAAGGCUGAGAGGGGAGCGCGCGAUAAAGGAGACGAUAGAUGAAUUGUGAAAAAUCAGGCAACACUAAAACCGAACUGACCUGGUUGUAACGGGAGUUCAUGUUUGCGACGAAUGGGGAUUGGAAUUCGCUCAUGUCUGCUCAGUAUAUGCGUGUCUGUGGCAGACGAUCAACAAUAUGGUAUCUCUAUUGUAGGAAUAUGAUGUACGUCACCAAAACUUUUCCCGGCCCUACAAUCAUAUACAUUUCAUUCUGAUUUUCGAUUAAGUGUUGUUAUUUAAACUGAUAAAGAACCUGUUGAUAUGGAUUUUCCUCCAGAGACGCAUCAUCUGGGUUGAAAGUAUCUGUUGUUGGCAUGCAUCAAAAUGGAUUCAUGUGGUGUUGAUUUGGUGGUGACAUAGGAAAAUAGGUUUGUACCGAACACCGGACAGUGAUAAAAGAGGAUCAUAAACAAAAAAAAAACCCAUAAAAUAGUUAGGAACGAAUGUGAGUCCCGAUGGCAAGCGAUAAUAUUUAUAGUACACCCAGCAUGUAUGUUUUGCAUUGACUGUCUAUAAGCAAGGACAAACAAGCAGCAGCAAUGUGUAGAAUGAAGAUAAAAAAGGGGAAAAAAUAUGUAAGCAAAUGCAGCACCGUCGUGUACGCCCCCAUUUUUGAUGAUUUGAAGCAAAUGGAUGCUUCGCUUUAGCAUAUGCUAAAAUUCAGUAGUGAAUUCAGAUGAAGAUUGAUAAAAAUGUUCAAUCAAAAAAAUUCUUUGAAAAACGCCGCCCAAACCGCGAAUGGUGGUGAAUUUAUCAACUAUAUUAACACGGUGCAACUUAGCUCGUUUGAUUCGGUGUUUCGGUUCUAUAGGCACACGGCAGAUGGAAUUAAAUCACUCUCUAGGGAAGGGUCUCAUCAUCUGAUAUUCCGUAAUCGAUUUAGUUUCGCGCUUCGCGCCUCAAGAACUAAAAUUGAAAGAUACAGCCAAUAAAGACCGUUUUCAAAUACCGUUACUAGAAAUUUGCAAAUUACUUUGCAUAAGUAUGUUACUGAGAAAAUGAUACAAAUGUUCACUGUGACUCCGAUCCCUGUCAAAGAAAAUUCUUUAAACGCCAUCAAAUACGCAGCUACUUUCCGUUUGGGGGAGACAAAUUGAAAGGAGAACGUACUAUUUUUGUUUCCAUCAUCUUUGUUUAAGACUCGAACAUGUUUAAUGGAACAAUGGCCUUUGUAUCUGUGUGCAAACUCAUUCGCAAACUGUAGAUAAUGUCAGAAAACUUGCAUUGGGAUCACUUUAAUAACAAAGACCUAAUAACCAGACAUAAGAGAAGGAGAAGAAAAAACAUCUUUGGAGCAAAUAUGGCGUAUGACCUCUUGAUGGUCACAUCUAGACAAGAUAAUAAACAAUCAGAACCUUAAUAACCAAG